CGCUGUCCUAAACAAAUCAUGGCCACUCCAUUGUAUGAUCCUAAACUAUCAGGAGCUAAAUUCAAGAAUUGGAUUAAGGCUGGAUUAGGUGUGUUAUUUACCAAAGAAGGUAUUGAGCCUUUUGUUCAUGAUGAAAUAGAACAGUUCCAGCAAAACUGUUUGAGUGACAUUUGCAACAACAAUGGACUUCCUGCUGGUACCACGUGUUCAAGUUGUUGCACAGAAAAUGUUGUUGUUUGCCCCACGAAUAGAAUUUGUAAUGCAAGACGUGGAAAAUGUAACUUCCAUAGAAAUUCUGCCACGCAAUAUCUCCCGUCUGGCUGCCCUAACAAGAUAUGUCAUAAUUUCAAAAGCGAGAUACAUCGUGCCCAUCGAUACUACGGUCCAUCCUUUAAGAACACUGAUGCUACCCGGUGGUGCAGCAAUCCAUGGGAAGUUGCUAAAUGUUUCAUGCCACCCGAUGGAUAUACGGACGCGGCGGAUGCAGCAGAGACGGAUUUCAAUGGAAUCAUCAGUGUUAUUAUGAACUAUGAAGCAUUUCAAACGAAAAUUCACGACGACCUUUCCAAAACGUACAACAUCUUUGAACAGGGUAGAGAGGUAGGCAAAGCAGUACGACAUUGCCCACAAUUAGAGAUGGAAGAUAUAGAUCUACAACAGUAUUUUAGUAUCUUACAGAAUCUGCUGUCAGAUCCUACAUGCUUGUCUGCUAAUACAGCUGCGCAGAAUGCUAAAAAGAAAUUAUUACAGCUUCAAAAUGAUACCUUAGUCAUUGGUAAAGACGAUGUCCGGAAAGUUCUUGAUGAUGUUGGUAAAGCAGUUCAAGAUGAAAUAAGGACUGCAAAAGAAGAUUACAAGAAGGAUGCUGAAAGGCAAAAGCUAAAACUUAUCAAAAUGACCAAAAGAUAUGUUGGUGCUAUUGACAGACAUGGAAAAGCGUUAGUGUCUCAACUAGAUAAAGCAUACAUAUCUGCAAUGGAUGAAAUAGAAAAACAAGCAAAGAAAUCGGUUGAAGACGUAGAAGCUGAAGGAGAAAAGCAAAAAGAAGAUAUAGUUGCAGAAGGACAUACUGUUAAGAGAAAGUUAGCAGAUGUUGCUGAUCAAGAAGUAAAAAGGUUGAAAACAGAGGUCACUGCUGAAAUUAACACGAUGGAAACGGAAGCCAAUACUCAGGUGAAAACAAUUGCAUCAGAAGCUGAUAAAGCUGUAAAACAAAUAGCGGAGGCCAGAAACGAAGGAGUGAAAGGAAUGAGAACAGAGGCACUAACUCGAAUGGAACACCUAAAAGAAUAUACUGAGGAAGGGGUUAACAAGUUAGAAGUCAAAGCCAAAGCUGGAGUAACAAAAAUUAAUUUAGAAACUGAUGAAGCAUUAAAGCAGAUUGAGAAAUCAAAAGCAGAAAGCAAAGAAGAUAUAUACAACAAAUUAAAAAAUGAGCUGAAAGACGAUUUGGCUGCCUUCUACAAAACAAGAUACAGUACAAUACCACUGUCACCCCUAGUCAAUGGCCAUGACAUUCCCCUUAUAAAUUUUUACAUUUUGCCUGAAAUGAAUUUCAUUCAAAAGCAAGACAAAAAGCCAGCAGGGAAAGAGACUAAAACGCCGGUCAAAUCGUUGUCGGACGUAUUCCAGUCUGAAAACAGUUGUGAAAUAUAUUUAACCGCUGAUGCUGGAUUUGGAAAAACUGCAUUUUCAAAAUUUCUUGCUGUCACAUGGUGCCAGGCUCAUCGUCCCGGAAUGAAAUACAAAAAGUACUUCUCAGAAGAUGCGAUAAAUGCCAUGCUUGGUUUUGAGUUCUUGUUUCUUGUGUUAUUACGGGAUUCUUCUGAUGACUGCAGCAUUGAUGAUUUGAUAAUGAAUCAAAUUAUACAAAAUUUGUCACGGUCUUCCGAAAUGACAAUAAAUUCUAUACAGGGAAUUCUGCACCGGGAAAGAUCUUUAAUUAUUCUGGACGCUCUAGAUGAGUGGGUCCAUCCUGAAAAGAAAUGUACAAAAGUGCCAAAAACAAUCCCUCAUCGUAAUGCUCGUGAAAAGUGUGUAAUCCUUACAACAACAAGACCUUGGAAAUUAGGUGUGUUAAAUCUUAAAAAUAGUGAAAUAGGUAAGAAAGUGGAACUAGUAAAACUAACCUCCGAGUCAGCACAAAUAUUAGAGGAAAGAGCGAUUUCAAAAAUAAAGAAUCUCGAUGUUGCUGAAGCAAAACUCUUGGCCAAACAAUUAAAUAAAAAAAUUAAAGAAAAUAAACUCGAGGAUCUGGAAUCCGUCCCCCUUCUUUCGAUGUAUCUCAUUUGUUUAUGGUGUGAAGAUGUUCCACUAGGACAGUCAAAGUGUGGACUAUAUGCAAGCAUUGUUGAACUCCUACUGUCAAGAACUUUAAGCAAACAUCCGGAAAUGGAACCAACAUGCGAACCCUCCCAGAGUGAUAUCCCACACUGCUUCAGUGAACAUGAACAUUGUAAUCAAUACUGCACAUAUCUGAAAGAUUUGGGUAAGUUAGCAUUUGAAACUUUAUUCAGUGAAACAAAGGAAAACACUCUUGUUUUUUACAAGUCAGUGGCAGAUAAGUUUCUCUCACCAAAUUCUUUGAAAUUAAGUCUUGACUCAGGAUUAUUAACACAAACCGAGAUAAGAAUACGAGCGAAUACAGAUCUACAACUGAUUGGAUCUGUGUACCUCUGA